AUGGCCCCCUGCACCUAUGUACUGGCUAAAACCUGCUCACCCACUGAUGCCCUGCCCAUGUUCACUGUGGUAGUGGUCAACGAGCAGAACGGGAACUCAUCUCUGCCAACUGUCCAGCAGGUCACUGUAGAUACAGGGAACAUCAGAGUGGCCCUACUGAAAAGGCAGACACACCGGGUUGCGGUUAAUGGGGUCUGGAGGAAGCUUCCGCUGAGCCUCAACAAUGACACUGUCAACAUCACGAGUAACCCCGCUGCUGUUGUACUGGGCACCAGUUUUGGUCUUUCUGUUUCAUAUGACAGUGCUGGUGCAGUACAUGUCACCCUGCCAUCCACAUACUCUGAUGAGGUUUGUGGCUUGUGUGGCAACUUUAACCACGUCAAAGGAGAUGACUUUCACAAGCCUGAUGGCACAAAUGCCCAAAAUGCUACAGAUUUGGCCGAGAGCUGGCAGACUGGGCAAACCACCUCCUCCUGUGAAACGAUUCUAGUCCCUCAUCAGUGUGACCCACUGGAGGUGGAUGAGUAUGCCAGUGAGCCGUACUGUGGAGGCCUCCUUUCUAGUACUGGGCCUUUUGCUGACUGCCAGUCAGUUCUCGGGGCAGAGAGUUACUUCAGGGGCUGUGUGUUCAGCAUGUGCUCUACUCAUGGUGACCCAGCAGUGCUAUGUGAGACAUUACAGCUCUACACCGAUAUCUGCACGGAGGCUGGAGUCGCUGUACCCAUAUGGAGGAACUCCACAUUCUGCCCCCUUCAGUGUGCUGAGAACAGCCAUUAUAACUCAUGUGCUGAUGGCUGUCCCGAGGUGUGCUCCAGUCUGGAUUUAGUUGGCUCUUGUGAAAGCUGUGAGGAAAGAUGCGAGUGUGACUCUGGCUUCAAACUCAGCGGGGGAAAGUGUGUCCCAGCAGAGGACUGUGGGUGCUGGUAUAAUGGAAAACACUUUGAGAAAGGAACAACAUUCGUGGAAGGAGAGUGUGUGCAGCAGUGCCAGUGUAUGGGUAAUAAUGAUUUGUGGUGCACCACAAUGCAAUGUGCAAACAAUGAGGUUUGUAAGGUCAAGGAGGGGGUCAAGAACUGCUUCCCUUUCAAACCUGCCACCUGCAGCGUGUACGGUGAUCCACACUACAUCACCUUUGACAGAGUGGCUUAUGACUUUCAAGGGGGCUGUAGUUACACACUGACUACAACAUGCGGAGAAGAGAGCUCAGUCCAGUUCACUGUGAUCGGGCACAACAUGCAUCCUCCACUUCAGAACUUCACCCGGUCCAAGCUGGAAGCUGUGACUCUGCAGGUUGAAGAUUUUUACAUCACCCUGAAUCAAAAUGGAGAGGUCAAUGUGAAUAACAGCCAUGUCCGACUCCCCUAUUUCACAAGUGGAACAUAUGGCUCAUUAUGGGUCCACAUGAGGAAUAAUUUUAUUAUCCUGGAGACGACCUUUGGCCUCAGAAUCAUGGUGGAUGGGCAGAACAGACUCUUUCUGCAAGUGGAUGAGCGCUACAAGUAUGAACUGUGCGGAUUGUGUGGAACCUACUCUGGAUACCAGGACGAUGAAUUCAUAACCCCAGGAGGCCACAAUGCUACAGAGUCAUUUGAAUUUGGUGACAGCUGGAGGGUGCUGGACAAUAAUGAGUGUACUGCCUAUCCAAAUGACCCGAGGCUGUGUGACUAUGAUGAGGAGAAUGAGGCCUACAAUGAAUGUUACGCAAUACUAGGGGAUGCCUUUAAGUCCUGCCAUGAACCCGUUCAUCCAGACAUCUACCUUCAGAGUUGUGUGUAUGACUAUUGUGACACAAAUGGUGACAAACACACCAUAUGCGAAUCUCUGAAGUCCUAUGCAGCAGCAUGCCAGGUUGCAGGAGUGGAGCUGCCCCCCUGGCACACAGACACAGCCUGUGCUGACCCUCAAACCACUUCAACUCGUCCAGCAACCCCACCUCCUACUUCUGCAACACCAGAUCUGCCUUUCUGUCCCAUGAAAUGCGACUUUGAAAAAAAUCUCUGUGGGUGGGAGCAGCUCAUACAGGACAGUUUUGAUUGGACAAGAUAUUCGGGACCGACCCCCUCAGAGUUUACUGGGCCAAACCAGGACCACACCACUGGAGCCGGUUUCUACAUAUACAUUGAGGGAAACGGUGUAAACCGUGGAGACUCCGCCCGUAUAUUGAGCUCAGUGUGCCAUUAUAAUGGGUCCCUCUGCCUGCACUUUUGGUACCAUAUGUAUGGUUCAGCAACAGCAAUGGCUCUCAAUAUCUACCUGCUUAAAGACAAUAAAGCUACCAGGCUCUGGUCCAUGGUGAACAACCAGGGACCCAAAUGGAGUCCAGGAAAUGUUGACAUCAGAGUGUCUGGUCCUUUCCAAAUCAUAAUAGAGGGAAUUCAAGGCUCUAAUGCUCAGUCAAAUGUGGCCAUAGAUGACGUUUCCAUCCAAUUUGGCUCAUGCUCAGGUAUCUUCCCUGGCCUGGUUAGUGGAACUUCGCUUCCUUCCACAACUGCAGAAGUCCUCCCCUCACACCCAGUCUGCAAUCUCGACUGUGGCUUCAACAGCAAUCUUUGUAGCUGGAAUCAAAUGACUACAGAUGCUUUUGACUGGACAUGGCAGAAUGGUUCCACACCCACACUGAUGACUGGGCCCUCUGCUGACCACACUGGUGAUGGCCACUACCUUUACAUUGAAGCCAACAGUGCGUCACUUGGAGAUACGGCUCGUCUCAUCAGCUCUGAGUGUUCUGACUCUGGUCCUCAGUGUCUGCAGUUUUGGUACCAUAUGUACGGAUCAGCAGACACAAUGGGCAUCCACGUUUACUUGCUUCAGAACAGAGUAGCAGAUGCUUUUUGGUGGAAGAGGAAUGACCAAGGAAAUAUGUGGCACCUGGCUCAGGUGGACAUCGCAACAACUGGAACUUUUCAGAUCAUCUUUGAGGGGCGCAGAGGAUCUAAUGAUCAGUCAGAUGUGGCCAUUGAUGAUGUAAAGCUUUAUCGUGGUCACUGCCAUGAUCUGAGUGGUGUUACAGCACAACCUCCUAGACCGAAUCUAAACACCACAGCCCCUGUAAGUGUCCCUGGGCCAACCACUGCAGCUCCAGAGCCCCCUGUAGUUAAUGUUACUGCUCAGGGCCCCAUAAUGAAUGCCACCAUACCUCCUCUAAGGGAAGCAGCAAUCAACAGAAGAAAUGACAGAUCACCAGCUUCGCACCCAGUCUGCCAAAUGGACUGUGAUUUUGAACAAGACCUUUGUGAAUGGAGUCAGCUGCUUGCAGAUGUUUUUGACUGGACAAGGCACAGCAACUCCACUCCUACAACAAUGACUGGGCCUUCCUCAGAUCACACCACAGGAGAUGGCCACUACCUUUACAUUGAAGCCAACAGUGCGUCACUUGGAGAUACAGCUCGUCUCAUCAGCUCUGAGUGUUCUGACUCUGGUCCUCAGUGUCUGCAGUUUUGGUACCAUAUGUAUGGAUCAGCAGACACAAUGGGCAUCCAUGUAUACUUGCUUCAGAACAGAGUAGCAGAUGCUGUUUGGUGGAGGAGAAAUAACCAAGGAAAUAUGUGGCACCUGGCUCAGGUGGACAUCACAACAGCUGGGGGUUUCCAGAUCAUCAUUGAGGGGCGCAGAGGCUCCACUGAAGAGUCAGAUGUUGCCAUAGAUGAUGUAAAGCUUUAUCAUGGUCGAUGCUCUGAUUUGAGUGGUGUUGUGACAACAAGCCCACCUAAACCUGCUGGACACAACACAGCUCCUCCAAGUGGCCCUGUGCCGACCACUGCAGCUCCAGAGUCCCCUCUGGUCAAUGUUACAGCUCAGCCCCCCAUGGCAAAUAUCACCAUACCUCCCACAGUGGAAGCAAUAACCGACUUACUUAAUAAGGACAGUGUAACUGAAUCUCCAGAUGAAAAACCACCACAACACCCAGUAUGCCAACUCCACUGUAAUUUUGAACAAGAUUUAUGUCAGUGGAGUCAACUGCUUGCUGAUGUUUUUGAUUGGACAAGGCACAGUGGCUCCACUCCCACUAUGAUGACAGGUCCUUCUUCAGAUCACACCACAGGAGAUGGCCACUAUCUUUACAUUGAAGCCAACAGUGCGUCACUUGGAGAUACAGCUCGUCUCAUCAGCUCUGAGUGUUCUGACUCUGGUCCUCAGUGUCUGCAGUUUUGGUACCAUAUGUAUGGAUCAGCAGACACAAUGGGCAUCCAUGUAUACUUGCUUCAGAACAGAGUAGCAGAUGCUGUUUGGUGGAGGAGAAAUAACCAAGGAAAUAUGUGGCACCUGGCUCAGGUGGACAUCACAACAGCUGGGGGUUUCCAGAUCAUCAUUGAGGGGCGCAGAGGCUCCACUGAAGAGUCAGAUGUUGCCAUAGAUGAUGUAAAGCUUUAUCAUGGUCGAUGCUCUGAUUUGAGUGGUGUUGUGACAACAAGCCCACCUAAACCUGCUGGACACAACACAGCUCCUCCAAGUGGCCCUGUGCCGACCACUGCGGCUCCAGAGUCCCCUCUGGUCAAUGUUACAGCUCAGCCCCCCAUGGCAAAUAUCACCAUACCUCCCACAGUGGAAGCAAUAACCGACUUACUUAAUAAGGACAGUGUAACUGAAUCUCCAGAUGAAAAACCACCACAACACCCAGUAUGCCAACUCCACUGUAAUUUUGAACAAGAUUUAUGUCAGUGGAGUCAACUGCUUGCUGAUGUUUUUGAUUGGACAAGGCACAGUGGCUCCACUCCCACUAUGAUGACAGGUCCUUCUUCAGAUCACACCACAGGAGAUGGCCACUAUCUUUACAUUGAAGCCAACAGUGCGUCACUUGGAGAUACGGCUCGUCUCAUCAGCUCUGAGUGUUCUGACUCUGGUCCUCAGUGUCUGCAGUUUUGGUACCAUAUGUAUGGAUCAGCAGACACAAUGGGCAUCCACGUUUACCUGAUCCAGGACAAUAAGGCAGAUGUUGUUUGGUGGAGGAGAAAUGACCAAGGAAAUAUGUGGCACCUGGCUCAGGUGGACAUCACAACAGCUGGGGGUUUCCAGGUCAGACACCUACUACUAUGGCGCAGAGGCUCCACUGAAGAGUCAGAUGUUGCCAUAGAUGAUGUAAAGCUUUAUCAUGGUCGAUGCUCUGAUUUGAGUGGUGUUGUGACAACAAGCCCACCUAAACCUGCUGGACACAACACAGCUCCUCCAAGUGGCCCUGUGCCGACCACUGCAGCUCCAGAGUCCCCUCUGGUCAAUGUUACAGCUCAGCCCCCCAUGGCAAAUAUCACCAUACCUCCCACAGUGGAAGCAAUAACCGACUUACUUAAUAAGGACAGUGUAACUGAAUCUCCAGAUGAAAAACCACCACAACACCCAGUAUGCCAACUCCACUGUAAUUUUGAACAAGAUUUAUGUCAGUGGAGUCAACUGCUUGCUGAUGUUUUUGAUUGGACAAGGCACAGUGGCUCCACUCCCACUAUGAUGACAGGUCCUUCUUCAGAUCACACCACAGGAGAUGGCCACUAUCUUUACAUUGAAGCCAACAGUGCGUCACUUGGAGAUACAGCUCGUCUCAUCAGCUCUGAGUGUUCUGACUCUGGUCCUCAGUGUCUGCAGUUUUGGUACCAUAUGUAUGGAUCAGCAGACACAAUGGGCAUCCAUGUAUACUUGCUUCAGAACAGAGUAGCAGAUGCUGUUUGGUGGAGGAGAAAUAACCAAGGAAAUAUGUGGCACCUGGCUCAGGUGGACAUCACAACAGCUGGGGGUUUCCAGAUCAUCAUUGAGGGGCGCAGAGGCUCCACUGAAGAGUCAGAUGUUGCCAUAGAUGAUGUAAAGCUUUAUCAUGGUCGAUGCUCUGAUUUGAGUGGUGUUGUGACAACAAGCCCACCUAAACCUGCUGGACACAACACAGCUCCUCCAAGUGGCCCUGUGCCGACCACUGCGGCUCCAGAGUCCCCUCUGGUCAAUGUUACAGCUCAGCCCCCCAUAGCAAAUAUCACCAUACCUCCCACAGUGGAAGCAAUAACCGACUUACUUAAUAAGGACAGUGUAACUGAAUCUCCAGAUGAAAAACCACCACAACACCCAGUAUGCCAACUCCACUGUAAUUUUGAACAAGAUUUAUGUCAGUGGAGUCAACUGCUUGCUGAUGUUUUUGAUUGGACAAGGCACAGUGGCUCCACUCCCACUAUGAUGACAGGUCCUUCUUCAGAUCACACCACAGGAGAUGGCCACUAUCUUUACAUUGAAGCCAACAGUGCGUCACUUGGAGAUACAGCUCGUCUCAUCAGCUCUGAGUGUUCUGACUCUGGUCCUCAGUGUCUGCAGUUUUGGUACCAUAUGUAUGGAUCAGCAGACACAAUGGGCAUCCACGUUUACCUGAUCCAGGACAAUAAGGCAGAUGUUGUUUGGAGGAAAAGGAAUGACCAAGGAAAUAUGUGGCACCUGGCUCAGGUGGACUUGACCCCUAUUGGAGCUUUCCAGAUCAUUUUCGAGGGACGAAGAGGUUCCAGUGAUCAGUCUGAUGUGGCCAUAGAUGAUAUAACACUUCAUCUUGGACACUGUGGAGACCUGGCUAAACCAACAACCUCUGCUCCCAAAACCUUGGAUCCAGUUGUAACAGCAGGUCCUGAGCUUCCUCAAGCAAACAGCUCACCUGCUACACAGCCACCAAAAACCACUUCAUCAAAACCACAGCCAACAUUAGCAACUGCAUUGACAACAACAACCACAACAACAACAACAGCGGUCCCAACUGACUCUGAUACACAAGCCCCUGCAAAACCAUCAACAACAACUCAGCCCCCCUACACUUCAAAUCCUGAUUUCCCAAUGAUCACAAGACCUGAUGUUCUAACAACAGCUCGACCACAACCUCCAACCACAACUACACCACAGCCACAAACAACAAAUAGACCACAACCUCCAACCACAACUACACCACAGCCACAAACAACAGCUAGACCACAACCUCCAACCACAACUACACCACAACCUCCAACUACAACUACACCAAAGCCACAACCUCCAACUACAACUACACCAAAGCCACAACCUCCAACUACAACUACACCAAAGCCACAACCUCCAACUACAACUACACCAAAGCCACAACCUCCAACUACUACUCAACCUGACUAG